AUGCCCGAAGACUCUCUCGGAGCACACCAGGCAGCAGAAGAGACGGGAACGAGCGUCGGUGAAGUAAUCAUUCCAUUCAGAACGGUUCUCGGUCUUGAACUGAUCGGAUGCUGGCGCAAAAUGCGAUGUCACUUUACCGGGUUCUUCUUGUUCGGGUUCGGGAUGCAGCGGUGGACGUCUGUGCAUCGUUUGUUUAGAGGUAGUCGCCGAGACGUUCUCGCGAUUCUUCUGGGCUUCCUCGUUCAGUUCGGUUUGGAGCACGUCAACAGGUUUUGA